AUAGCUCUGUAUUGACCCAGGUUUCUAAACUUGUGGCCUCAACACAGUUUAGUGGGGUGUAAAAAGCAGCAUGCUGAGAAGGAGAAUGUUGAGGUUUGUGGCUUUUGUUGUUCUUUUUGCAAAUUAAUUAAGAAUGUAGGCUCUGGAGCCAAGCCACUUGUUGGGAAUCCUGGCCACCACGUAUAAGAUGGGUGACCUCUGACAAUAAUAGUCAAUUUUUCUAGGCCUCAGUUUUGUCAUCUGUGAGUUGUGGUGAUGUUGAACCCCCAGGCCUGGCAUCAGGACACAUGAGGUGACUUAGGAAAAGCACUUAGACUGGGGCACCCUGCAAGCGCUAGAUAAAGUUGGCCGCUGCUGCUUGCAUUUCAGGAAAAGUGGAAAUGCUUUCAUGAAAGCAUUUUAGUCUGGUUAUGUUGGCUCUCCUUCUCCCUUACCAGGAGUAGAAUUAGUAGGAGGCCAUAAAAGUUAUGGCCUCUGCUGUUAAAACCUGUCCCAGGAUCAAACUAAAGCCUGGAGAUGGAGCAUAUUCUAGAGGCCAGCAAGCGUUGCAGCGCAGUAGGAGAAAGACUCGGGCUUUGGAGAACUCAGACUGGUUAAACUGCAGGCCUGCCACGUAGAAGCUUUGUGACUCAGGCCUGGUCUGUAAAAUGGCUAUAAUGUACCAGUAAUCAUCGCAGUCGGAAGGGGCUCUUGGGGGUUAAAUGAGAUAAACUUCGCCAAACUGCUAAAAGGUGGCUGACCUAAAGAAUGUCCUCAAAAAACCAUGGUUACUUUUCUUACUCCUUUGAAGAUGCAGGAACAGUCCAUGUAGAAGAGCAGAGGCCUCAGGACAGAAGUAGUAGCAGAGCAUUUGAGCGCAUUUUUGAGAAGUAUGAUAAGCUCAGCGCUGUUGCUCCUGUGGGGGUGUGGACUCCCAACACUGGGCUUACGCUGCUUCAGAAGGAAUUUCAGUUGACAAGAGCCAUGUCGUGUGUUGUGUAAUCCCAUUCUCAAGAGACGUUGGAGAAGAGUAGAUAGCUAUCUUCCUAGAACAGUCCGGGUUGAGUGCACACCAGCCCCAGAACCAGGGACAAAGGACAGAUCCUCAUCCAGUCCCCAUCUGUGUUUCAGUGGUGACAACAAUGCUGGCUUUUCUGGCCUUGAAAACGUCAGCCUUUCUUUGUCCCACAGAAGGAUCAUGUCAGAUGCACAUCCAAAAUGUAUGUGGACAUUCUCUUUUGAAGAGAAAACAUGCUUCCUUUAGAGAACAUUUCAUCUAAAAUUACUGACUGUUGCACAUAGAGGACUUCUUUAGAAUUUUGAGAAUCAUGGAAACAGGUUUUCCUAUUGCAGCUUCUCCUGCUUUAAUUCAUCCACUCAAUCGUGCAACAAGUAUUUAUUAAAAACUAAUAUGCCAGGCACUCUGCUAGAUGUUGGUUAUUUAAAAAGAAAAGUGAACAAAACGUAUCCCUCAUGGAAGAGGAUUCCAUCUACUGCUCUUACAACCUCUCGUGGCUUUUCUGGGAAGCCUUUGCAAAGGAGCAUACUUUGAACCAUUUUUUAAAAAACCAGCUUCUUUUGGGCUAUAGCUAUGGGUAGAUAUAUAUUUGGUAUAUCUGAAAAAGGCUUGUCUCCACAUUUGCCUGGCAUUGCUCUACCUAGAGAGUUCUCCCUGCAGCAUCCCUCAUGUUCGGUGGACAGCAGUCUGUCUGGCUUGCAGGAGAAGUGCCCAUUGCUGAUAGCUCCCGUGAGAUUAAACUUGGGCCGUUCGCCAGUUGAAUUGGCUAUGAAAUUGAAGCUCUCUUGCUGUCUCUGCUUUUAAGACAUGGGAGGAGAUUUUUCCUUAGAACAGUCAUGGCGAUGUUAACUCUGUCAGCCGACUAGUGGCACAAAGGGAAACUGCUGCUCGGGUCUGAACUGGUGACGGCAGAAGGCUGCAACUGCAGUACGGGUCCCUGUUGCAACGAGUACUGGCUCUGCCAGGAAGAGCCGGACGCCGUGAAAAGCACACCUCAAAGAACUUUGCUAGUUCGGUGCCUCUGUCGUUAGGCAGCCGUGCUGGUAGCGUGUUUAUUCAGUGUAGUACCUCUGCUGAGAGAAGACCCGCUUCCUUCGGAUGCCCUAGACUGCCGUUUGUUUAGCUGGGGAACUUAAUGAGUAAUGAAUGUGCUCGUCUGGCUGAUAGAAAGUAUUUCCACAGCCUGCGGGUGUGUUUAUAGAGAGCCGGAGAGAGACCACAGGCAGCAAUUUGUCUUCUUAGGUAUCAGCAAAGUCUUCUCUUUUAACAACUACAGGAUUUAUUUUUAACUGCUUGACUCAGUGUUUGUCAGAUGAUUCGGACCAUCAAACUGCAGAUGGAAGUACCCAGCACGCGGGGGAAGCUGGAAUGGCAAAGGGAAGGGGGCUGGCUGGGAAAAGGGGUGGGAUUUCAGCAUCGUGCCUCCGGGGCUCUGCCUCCCAAUGUGGGAGAGAGUUUAGGGCUUCCAGCAGCACGAGUGUAUUUGCAGGUCAGACUGGGAACUAAAGGGGAAUGGCUGCCUUCAGCUGCUUAAAGACCUAAUUGCCCAGUGAUUGGGGUAUUGUGAGGAGAAACCCAGGAUCCAGGACCCAGGAUCCAGGCACCGGGGACCAGAGUGUGCUGAGCUCUGGUCUCUGCUGCUCGGCAAAUUGCGCUUUGCUCCUGCUUGAUGCUGCCUGUCUCCAGAAGCCUCUCACCAUGAUCGAUAGCUCCAAGAAGCAGCAACAGGGCUUCCCAGAGAUUUUAACAGCUGGGGAUUUCGAACCAUUAAAAGAAAAGGAAUGCCUUGAGGGGAGCAACCAGAAAAGUCUCAAGGAAGUGCUCCAGCUGAGGCUGCAGCAGAGGAGGACACGAGAGCAACUGGUGGACCAGGGCAUCAUGCCACCUUUGAAGAGCCCAGCUGCAUUCCAUGAGCAGAUAAAAAGCUUGGAACGAGCCAGAACUGAAAACUUUUUGAAGCAUAAGAUUCGGAGCCGACCAGAUCGUUCUGAACUUGUCAGGAUGCACAUUUUAGAAGAGACAUUUGCAGAGCCGUCCCUGCAGGCCACUCAGAUGAAGUUGAAAAGAGCUCGACUAGCUGAUGACCUGAAUGAAAAGAUUGCUCAAAGACCUGGUCCUAUGGAGCUGGUAGAGAAAAACAUCCUUCCUGUCGACUCCAGUGUUAAGGAAGCAAUUAUAGGCGUUGGGAAGGAGGACUAUCCUCAGACUCAGGGCGAUUUCUCAUUUGACGAAGACAGCAGUGAUGCUUUGUCUCCAGACCAGCCGGCCAGCCAGGAGUCACAGGGGUCAGCCGCGUCCCCAAGUGAGCCAAAAGUUAGCGACUCUCCAUCUCCUGUGACUACAAGCACUCCAGCCCAGUUUACUUCAGUGUCCCCAGCAGUUCCUGAAUUCUUGAAAACUCCUACUACGGAUCAGCCCCCAACCAGGUCCACAGCGCCUGUCGUCCCCACAAACACUGUGUCCUCAGCAAAGCCUGGGCCAGCGCUGGUAAAGCAAAGCCAUCCCAAGAACCCCAACGACAAGCACCGCAGCAAGAAGUGCAAGGACCCCAAGCCCCGGGUGAAGAAGCUCAAGUACCACCAGUACAUUCCCCCCGACCAGAAGGGGGAGAAGAACGAGCCGCAGAUGGACUCCAACUACGCGCGGCUGCUCCAGCAGCAGCAGCUCUUCCUGCAGCUGCAGAUCCUGAGCCAGCAGCAGCAGCACUACAACUACCAGACCAUCCUGCCGGCACCGCUCAAGCCACUCAGUGACAAAAAUAACAACAGUGGGAAUUCAGCUCUGAACAAUACCACACCUAACACUCCAAGACAGAAUACAUCUGCUCCUGUGAGAAAGCCGGGACCUCUGCCUUCUAGCUUGGAUGACUUAAAGGUAUCGGAACUGAAGACAGAACUGAAGUUAAGGGGUCUUCCAGUGUCAGGCACCAAACCGGACCUCAUUGAACGCCUGAAACCCUACCAGGAAAUGACCAGCAGCGGGGUCGGCGCCGGGGGUGUCCUGGCAGUGCCCGCGUCUGCCAUCGUCGCCAGUAACCCAGAAGUCACCGUGGCACUGCCCGUCACAACACUACACAACCCCGUGACCAGCUCAGGCUCCUCCUUCAAGGCAGAGUUGCCCCCCACCAGCACCAGCACCGUCGCCCACGUUGAGACCGUCAACUCCCCUCUGCCCAUCUCACCGUCACCCUCGGAGCAGUCCAGUCUCGGGACCGAGGACACAAACAUGGCAGACACUUUCACAGAGAUUAUGACCAUGAUGUCUCCGUCGCAGUUCCUGGGGUCGUCCCCUCUGCGAGUGACAGGCACCGAGGACAGCCCGAGCCCCACGAGCAGCACGCUGUCGAGUCUGGAACUGGACGCGGCCGAGAAGGACCGCAAGCUGCAGGAGAAGGAGAAGCAGAUCGAGGAGCUCAAGAGGAAACUGGAACAAGAGCAGAAGCUCGUGGAAGUUCUGAAAAUGCAGCUGGAGGUGGAAAAGCGAGGGCAGCGGCAGCAGCCGCCGCCGGAACUGCAGGCCGGCUCCGUAGCCAGUCCGGCGGCCAAGUUAGAGCAGAAGCACAGCGGCGCCGGCUCCUCGGUCAAGGACGAGACCUCGCUCAGCGACUGCUCCGGCUCCAGGCCGCCCGGCCCGUUGCCCAGCCAGCCCCUCUCGACGGGGGGCCAGGCCCUGGUGGCCAAAAAGGCGGUGGUGAUCAAGCAGGAGGUGCCCGUGGCGCAGGCGGAGCCCCAGAGCAUCGUCCCGCAGUUUUACGUGAGUUCGCAGGGACAGCCGCCGCCUGCCGUUGUCGCUCCGCCUCAGGCUUUACUCACCACGCAAACUGCUCAGCUGCUGCUGCCACUGUCCAUCCCGGGCUCCGGUGUCACCUCAGUGCAGCUCCCCGUAGGCAGCCUCAAACUCCAGACUCCAGCACAAGCAGGAAUCCAGACUCAGCCUCAGACAGCAACUGCCACCCUGUCCUCAGGCUUAGCCCAGACCGUACCUCAGAAGCAAGACACAUUCACGCCCCAUGUGCUCAGUCAGCCUCAGCAAGUUAGAAAGGUUUUCACAACCUCGGCGUCGAACACCGUUCUCCCCUACCCGAGAGCACCCGCUCCAGCGGUCCAGCAGCCCUUUGUUACUAAGACACCCACCAGCGUUCUGCAGUCCAGAAGCGCCCCACUUCCCUCCCUGCAGAAUGGGCCUACCACUUCCAAUAAGCCCGGCUCGCCCCCGCCACCCCAGCAGUGUGUCGUCCAGCACUCCCUGUUUGGGAGCCCGGUCCCCAAGACAAAAGACCCUCCCCGCUACGAGGAGGCCAUCAAGCAGACGCGCAGCGCCCAGUCCUCCCUUCCAGAGAUUUCCAAUGCGCACAGUCAGCAGAUGGACGACCUCUUUGAUAUCCUCAUUAAGAGCGGAGAGAUUUCCCUCCCUAUAAAAGAAGAGCCUUCGCCUAUUUCCAAACUGAGACCAGUGACAGCCAGCAUCACCACAAUGCCGGUCAACACAGUGGUGUCCCGGCCACCACCCCAAGUCCAGAUGGCACCACCCAUCUCCUUAGAACCCAUGAGCAGUUUAUCUGCCAGCUUAGAGAACCAGCUAGAAGCUUUCCUGGAUGGAACUUUACCUUCAGCCAACGAAAUGGCUCCACUACAAAGCAGCACUGAAGACAGAGAGCCAUUCUCUCUGAUCGAGGACCUCCAGAAUGAUCUGCUGAGUCACUCAAGUGUGCUGGACCACUCACACUCCCCCAUGGAGACUUCUGAGGCCCAGUUUGCUGCCAGUACCCCCUGUCUGUCCCUGGACCUUUCGGACUCCAACUUGGACAACAUGGAGUGGCUGGACAUUACCAUGCCCAACACGUCAGGACUCACUCCCCUCAGCACAACUGCUCCUAGCAUGUUCUCCACUGACUUCCUAGACCCUCAAGACCUGCCGUUGCCGUGGGACUAACAUCACAGAUUUCUCUUCCGCGUUCAUGACGUUUAAGAAGAGGAAGAUCAUUCUAAGAGGUCGGUUUUUAGAGACAGAGCCAUAGUUGCGUUGUUGCAAUGACAGUAUGUUGUCACGGGAAGAACGGAUAGGUGGUCACAGCCUGGAAACCGAGCGUGAAAACAUUUCACUGAGCCCGGCAGUGAAUUUCUACAGUUUAACCUAGUACAGGGCCUUCUGAAAAAUCACUGGUCGAAGAAGACUCACCCGUUUCUCCAGACUUCGGCAAAGAACAGAUAGAUACGGACCUUUAGAAGAGUGACGUGUGCAGGACAGCGACACAAGGAUUCUCUGGUCAUCAACUGAACUACAUUUACGCCUCUGUGGUCACCUUAAGACCCACAUACAAGGCAGACCGCGCCACUCCAGCGAGAGUGCCGGUGGCGGGAGGUGCGCGGUCCCUGCAUGCGGUUUGUCCUCGAAGUGGCCGGAGCCUGGCCCCGGCGGCAGAGGCGGCGGGGGACGCCCGUUCCGAGCCAGCUUCCAGAUGCAGACUUCUGCUUCCAUUUGGAAACCAGCAUCGUUGUUCUGUGUUGUACUUUGUGAUUUGGGGAAUCUUACCGUAGCUUCCCAAAUUUAAAUUUCAGUGGAAGAUCUUUCACCGUCACCAGACAACGUCUCCAAAAUACUGUCAUAAACCAUCCACUGUACAAAGUCCACGUAUCUUGAUAACACUGAAAAUUCUAUUAGCAACCCUUGGGGUUGAUUAGAUGGAUUUUAAUGUGUAUAUUAGACAUUUGUAUGUACACUCUGACAUUGUGAUAUGUACAGCCUACAUUGGGGUAAGGAAUUGGGUAUCCAGUGGUCCUACUUGUUUUAAUAACUCGACUAUUUCUAGAGUACUUGAGCCAUGUGUAUUUCCAUAUUUAAAGAAAUGCUGACUGAUUUCAGGUAACCAGAUCCAUCUCAAAGAACCAAGGAAGGCUUUAGUGUAAAGUGUCCUUCUGAGCUGUUGAGUUGCAAAGAGAGGGCAGAGGAGAAGUAUGCCGGGAACCCCGAAUGUUCCUGCAGGGGCUCCGGGUGAGAAUCUGAGUGGGCUGGCCGCCAGGCCCCAACUCUGGCCCCCUCUUCUCUGCCGUUUUCCCUGACGGUCAUUUUACAGGCUUGUAACUGGAUGUCAUACCCGAGCUCUCAAUAGGUUAUCAAGCCGAAGAGGGAAAAACUGGAGGUUUUACUAGUUGUUUUAUAUAGAAAAGUUAUCACACAUUUGCUGAGUAGUUUCCUAAGAAUUUUCUAAAAUGCCAACUAUCACAGGACUUCCAAAAUUAUUUCAAGCUAGUCAUUUAAGGUCAUGACAAAAUGUAAAUAACUGAAGAAAAAAAAACAAACCCACCCUGAAAUCUUCCCCAAAAGCAUGAGGUGUUUGUUCAGUAAUAUUACCCUGCUCUACUCCUCACCCCGUGCACACCCGGGGGCACGUCACUUUCUCUGGGUCCUUAGGUGGCAGUAGUCCCCCAGGGCCUUGUAAGACCCAUUAUUUGGAAAGAAUUUGGGCAUCACGGCUGGGUUUGUGCUUUGCCUAAGAGCUGAUCUUAUUUCAAAUCUUUAUUUUGGUUUGUAGAUUUUACUGCAUCUAAGGAAAGUUUGUUUUUCUAGUACUCAGCUGCCCAGAACACUGGAGCCCUCUGCUAACUGGCAUUUCCCAGCUUGAGAGACUUCUGAAGGGUUCAGGGCAGAAGUGGUUAUGCUCAGUGUGGUCCGAGGGAGCAGUUUCAAUGUUUAGAAACUGGUAAUCCAGCCCCUGGAAUCCAGUCACCUGGUUCAGCAGAACGCCAACAGUAUGUCAGCCCAGGUGGGACGCACGGCCCAGUCCGUCCCUUCCGGAAGGGCCUGUCUCUGGGUACAGGGCUGCCGACUUGGGCAGGUACUUGUCUGGGGGUGGCCUUGGCUGUGGGUUUGUGGCGGGGGCGUCCCUGCUCCACGCGUGGGCAGUGAGCACCGUCCUCACUCAGACUGAAAUGGCUUAAGUGAGCACCAGAUAUCAGGGGGACUGUAGGAGGCAGGGGACCGGCUAGCGCUGUUGACUCUCACAGACUUUGCUUCCCCCAUCCUGAGUUGUGUACCCAGAUGGUUUCCUAGCCCUCGGCUCUCCCCGUUGCUUUUUCAAAAUAAGGUCUCAAACAUGCCACAGGAAGGGUGCUCUCCAAGGAUACAUGCUUCCGUGCAGACAGUGCCACACCACUAGCUGGCCUGCCUGCUUUGACUAGGAAUUGCUGAAAUACCUGCUUCGCACCUGCCUUCAAACCCAGGCUACAGGGCUUCCUCGAAAGGAAAGGCAAGGAGCCUCCUGACCCGAACUCCACCAGCCCCCCACUCGCACCAUUCUGCCGGGCCCCCCAUCCUGGCUCGGGCGGCAGGCUGGGCAAGUGUGGCAUGAGGACCGCCGUCCAGGGUCCCAGCUCCAUGUUCGAGGUUGAGGCAGGACACUCACGUGUGCAGUAGGUGACGUGACCAAAGACGACACUGUCAUCAAGGCCCCUCUGACCAGACCCGCUGUACACAGGGUCAGCGACGGGAAAGGUGUGCACCACGGAGGACUACCUUUAUCAUCACAGCCACGAGAGCACAGGGCAAGAUGGCCAGGACGCGUGCGUGUAGUGUAGACGUGCGAGUGUGGCCCGUCUUGCAGAACAUCAUACUGCCAAGGAAACAAGCAGCUCCUGGCCAUGCGCUCUCUCCCAUCCAGCCUGACCUCCCGGAAUAUUCCUGAAGCACCGUGGCAUCAAGCUUGCCUCUCUAGGGUAUGCAGGUACCGGCUCACGUCCUCGGGGGCGGGAUGAACAGAGAGUCGUGCCAGAGCUCCUCCAGGCUGUGCGAGUCUAGGGCCUAGGGUCCCUGCCUACGUUUCGGCAGCACGUGUCCAGGGAGCCCCUGAGGCGCAUGGGGCGGGGGCGUGCCAGCGCUCUUCCUACGUUGUGCGAUCUACUGUACAGCAUUUGCCACAUACUUGUACCUAGACAGGUUCUCCAUCCGUGGGAUUUCUUGCGCAGAUACUCUGUGUUUUAUAGGACUAUUUUUAUAAUACUGGAGAGAUCCUAUUUAAGUUUCCUUUUUAAAAACUACCCGGUUCUGUGAUCCACGUAACUGGUUUAGCAAGUGCGAUUCCCGAAGGCAGGCUGUGCGGCCUGCGGCUGCUGCUGGCUGACAGCUGAGUCACGCCCGAAACUGUGCGGCCAGCGGCCCCGAGUGAUGUGCCCGGAGCGCGUCACCCGUUUUGUCACCAGAGUGGACCCAGGCUUCGUCUUCCCUCACCCCCAGAUCAUUCCAGGCCCCUCGCUUUCUUCGGCGCCCGUUCAGAGUUCCCAAGCUGAAACCGGACGUGGCGGCUGGCCGAGCAGCUGUCCCCACGAGGGCUGGGACAGCCCCUCUCCCGUCCACAAACAGGUGCGCCCGCACCCCAUCAGGCUCCUGCUGGCCGUCACUUUAGAGAGGGACGGCCCGUUGCUCCAGAUUCACACGGAACCCUCCACGCUUUGUCCCCCCUCUCCGCACACACACAUCCUGACCCCGGGCCACCAAGUAGCGUACCAAACGGUCCACUGCCCUGGAGGCCACAGGAGGAGCCCCGGUGAGCCAAGCGCGUCAACUGGCAGGUCAGCUCCGCCGAGGAGCGCAGCUCACGGGGGCAGGUCUGGGUGCUCGCGGAGCAUCCGAACCGCACUUCGGCGCAUCUAAGGGGCCAACGUCACAACUGGAAAAGAGCAGGACGCGGCCCUUCUUUGCCCCAGCUCCCACCCUGCCCCUGCGCGGGUCGGCGGGCCACCCUUUUUAUGUGUGAAGUUGACUGUGCCUGCAGGACCACAAAGAGGCCCACGUGUACUCCCCCCUGACCCUUCCUUGCAGUAUCCGAGGAGUCCCUGCAUCACCGCAGGGCUUCCGACCCACCAUCUCUGAUUCGAGGCCUGGACGUCACGAAGCUGCACGUGUUUACGAAAGCACUCUUCCCCGUCCGCACUAACACAUGGCUCUGUGACUCGGGACCGGGACGGGUCACCCAUCUGUGACAACAGGACGGCAGUCUCAGACCAAAGGUGCUGUCUGGAAUCAACACAGGUCCUUGGCCAUCAUGGACGCAGCCUGUCACGGUCAACAGAGCUUUGUGCCAACGACUAAGACAAAGCUUUAACCAAGUUCAUAGAAUCACCGAGACUCGUAACAAUUACCUCUCGACGUUACGCUGUAAGGAAACCUGCUGACUGGGGAGGAGGAGGGAGCAUUUAGGAAAGGGUUUAGUAUCUACCAAAAGUACUUAACCUCAAGUAACCAAUAGUAAUGCAAACUCGCUUUAAAAGGAACCAAAGGCAUUGCCAAGUUUUUGCCAAAAGGAGGCACUUUUUAUUUAAAAUUUGAGACUAACGAGAUCUCAACAGUCAGUCCCAAAAAAGGUAUUAUCCAUUUAAGGUUAUAAUUUUCACAAAGAUGUAGAUAUUUCUCUUGUUUUCAUGUAAAAUAGUAUAGAAUUGUUUUGUUGGUUUAAGAAUAAUACAUAUUUAGUAGUGAUACAGAGUUUCUUCCUAAGUGCAGAUUAGUUUCCUUUUUUCUUGCUUGCAAUAGAAACAGCGUGAUAGGUGUUUCUCUUCUUAUUUUCAUGGUCACAUUAUGUCUUAGCAUCUCACUUUAUGAAAACAAGGAGAAAGAUACCAACCUACAGAGCCCCGCUUACAAAAGCACUAGCUUAAUAAACAAAAAAAAUUAUGGCAAUCGGGGGGGGGGGUCCAUUCAUGUAUUGCCUUUAUGUUGUUUUUUAAAAGAAAACCAUGAUGCCUUUGUAUUUGCUGUUUGCACCCCUGAAAUCAAUUCCGUAUCAUGUCUGAAUGCCAUACAUUUUGCACAUGUACUGUACAUAGUGAUGCAUACUGUAUUUUUAUAUGUGUGCACAUGGAUCAUCAGAUCUUUUGUACAUAGUGGCAGUAUUGUAGCUGAUCGGGGAACGUUUGAUAUCUCAGCAAUUUUGCAUUUUUGUGUCUCAAAUAAAAAACAUUUUGAUGUA